AUGUCUCCAAGAUGUGUCCACGACAUUAUCGCAAAGUCAUCUCCCUCGCACCAUAUACCAUAUUUGUCCUUGGUGCAGGAAGCGGGCAUUCUGUUCCUCUUCGUGAUUGUCACGAACUCCACAUCCGUGCAGGAUAUCAUCUGCUUGCUGAAGCGGAGAUGCCUGGUUCCAGCUGACCAGACAUCCCUUUACUUGUAUGCGGCGGUACCGCACACACGGUGGCUACGGCUCCACGAACGACUAGGAGAGCUUGGGUUGGGCCCGAUGUCUCACGUUCAUGUUCGCAUACGUGUCCUUGGUGGAUCCAACCCCUCCUCGUCACCGUCACCAAGCAGGGAGCCACACACUCCAUCACCGCGGCCUUCCACUGCACUAAGUCCAUCCUCGGACGACUCUCCUGCAAAGAACACACGAGCACGCACUGGUCUUGCUCGUACGUCAUCACCGUCGGCCGUGGUCAUUGUAUCUCCGCCGAAACAGCGAAAGCGGAAGAGUCAUACCUCUUCCGACUUGGAGGUUUGGGAUAUGCCUGACGACGAAAUCAUUGCUCUCGUGCGUAGUGCAUGGAAGUCGAAUGCAUAUGAUCACUAUAAUAUUACUCUCGAGCGGAACUUCACGAAGGAUGGCAAGGCCGACCAUCUCCUCUUCUGCUUCAAAUGUAAAUAUGAUCCCGCUAACCACCGAACCCAGUAUCGCGAGCGGAGCAAGACAAGCCAAGGCACGAAGAACCUUGACCGCUCCACGAAAGCCUGCUUCAAGCGGCGAGGUGUCGGGCCAUCAGAUGACCCCCAUGCGGGUGCGCAGCAGACUCUGAUGAACACAAUCUCCAGGUAUUCCGAAAGGGCUCACCGAGCCAUCGUGGCGCUGCGCUGCGCUGCAUCGCGCCGGCCUUUCCACAGUGUCGCGGACCCAUAUUACCUUGAAGAAGUGGAGCUUCUUCGCCCAGGAACUAAGGUACCCACGCCACACAUGGUCUCACAGGAUGUGCAGCAGAUCUACCAAGAAGGCUCUAAGUUCAUCAAAGAAUACUUCUCGAAACUCGACGGAGCCAUUCACCUCGUUAUUGACGGGUGGACGGCGCCUUUCGUGGCGUCAUAUCUUGGCAUCGUGGUAAUCUGGUUUGAUGGCGACAAACUCUGGCGCUCCAUCUUGGAGUUCGUUCGCUUAACUGAAAGGCAUACUGGCCUGUAUCUUGCGCAGAAGGUGGCGGACUGCGUGAAACGAUUCGGCCUCCAGAAGAAGCUGCACACACUCUGCAUGGACAAUGCGAGUAACUGCGAUGCGACCGCUACUGAGCUGGAGCCACUCGUUGAUAGUUUCCGUGGUGCCAUGUCGCGCACUCAUUGCUUCCCGCAUACAGUAAAUCUCAUUGCCAAGGCAUUCAUCUCAUUCUUCUUUAGGCAGCCCAAGAAGAAGAAGGUCGUGAAGGUCGCCGCGGGAUCGAAGCGCAAACGACGUGGUGCUGGUGCACGCCAGCAAGCAUCUGCACCUGAAGCACCGCCACCCGGAGAGCCCGAGACUCAAGAGGUGGUGCUUGAUUACGGGGACCCUUUGCAUAUCAUUGACGAGACAGUGGAUGGCACCCAUGAAGAUGAUGAUAUCUCUGCUCUUGAUGAUGGGAAGGCUGCUCACGAUGAGGCUGCGGUAAGUUCGGUACAUGCUCAAGCAAUUCGCAUUGCACGGGAAGACUACCAUAUUACAAUGACCGCACAAGAAGAAUCCGAUGCACAGAGUCUAUUUACCAAGGUAGCAGGACUCGCUCGUCACCUUCAUGAUUCACCCACCCUGCAGGAGAAAUUCGAGAAGUUAGUUGAUGCCCAAGCAGACCUUGUCGGAAGCAAGAAGGCUCUUGACCGUCGAGUAGCCACGAGAUGGAACAGUGAUUUCGCAUGUCUGAAUGCGCACAUCCACUUCGAGACUCCUGUGCGACAGCUUACUAGUGACCUGAAGAAUGAGCUACAGGGGUACGCGCUGACUAGGGAACAAUGGUCGCUGGCUAAGCAGUUGGGGCCAGUUCUUGAGAUCUUCCAAGAUCUCACGGACCUCUUCUCACAAGCCGAAGUUCCCUUGAUACACGAGACAGUCCCGAUGCUGGAGCAGCUCGAACAUCAACUUACGGCAGUCCGCGAUGAUGUGGACAUGGAGUUGCCGUCUGUCAUCUGCAUCGCAGCACAGGCUAGCCUGCUUGUCGUCGGGAAGUACUAUGCAUUGACCGACGACACGGAUGUAUACCGGAUCGCUAUUGCCAUGUGUCCUGACAAGAAGCUCGAGUGGUUCAACAAGAACCCCGAUUGGCGAGCAGAAGAUCAUACGGAAGCAGCGCACAUCCUACGAGCGCGCUGGACCGAAUCUUAUGCUGGUGACUCAAAUGACAUGUCUGUGAACACUCCCACUGUUUCAGUGAUGGCAUCCACAUCGAAGAGAGGAAAGUGGGCAAGCUCAUUCCGGAAUGAGCCCUCAACCAGCACACAUCCCAUUGACAGCAUAGAUGCCUAUCUGGAGUCCCCGCUUGUCUCAAGAGAUGAUGUCAAACAGGCUGGCGGAGUCUUGGCAUAUUGGGCACAAGCAUCGAAAACGCGUCCUCGCCUUGCUCGAAUGGCGCUCGACUUCCUCACUGCACCCGCAUCAUCUGUAGAUGCCGAGCGAGCCUUUUCCGGAGGCCGUCUGACUGUCAACCACCUUCAGCACCAAACCUCGUCUCAGUCAUUCAAAGCUCAGGUGGCAGUUGGGUCGUGGGCAGGAACUCCUCUAUUGCAGGAUACAAAGACAUGUGCCAGCUUUAUUGGCGGUAAAAAACGGUCAACGAGUGCAAAGGGCAAGGAGCGGGAAGUGAUGGACGUCGAUUUGUAG